AUGUUGUACGUCGCAUCGAUCCAGCGAGCGACGGCGCAACUCGAUGCGAUCAAAGCAGACUGGAUCCAGACCAAUGUCGAUUGUCUGCUAGUAAGGUCAGUUCCUCCUCUCCACGUGGUCGUCCGGCGCGGUCGAUCGGGUGCUGACGAUCGACCGGCUGCACCGCGCGCCGACACUCUGCAUCGACACCACCCCUCUGCUACAGCAAACUGAACCGAAUCCAAGUCUCCAAAAUCGACUUGGAUGGCACCGACUCGGACGGGGUGCUGCAUUCGUCGUUCGACGUGCAGUUGGACGCGACGAUUGCUGCGAUCGCCACCGUCAAACUCGCCGUACGUCGCACCAUCGUCGCCGUUGAGGCCGAUGUGCAGAGGGCAGAGCGAUCAUUGCUGACGAGCAGAGCUUUUUUUUUCUCUUCCCGUAUCUUUCCGGUGCCAUACUGUACCCCUUUGCGCUGUCACCACGCGUGGCCUUCCUCCCCACCCCGCACAACUUUUUUGACGUCGCCAGAUUGACAAACCGUCAAGUUUGAUCGUCCUGACUACCUCGCAUCAGCUUUUCACUCUUGAAUACGCUUCCAAAACACCUCAGCACCCCGUCACAACCUCAUCUGUUUCAAUCCAAGAGCGUUUCGCCACUCGCGCCGAGCUUCAGCGAAUCGUCGUCGACCCCGAUCGUCGUCUUGUCCUCGUGCAUGCCUACAAUGGGCAACUGCGCGUGAUCCCGCUCAUGUCAGCGGGGGGAAAGUCGACCAGUGGGACCACCAAGAACCGAAGGUCCAGCAAGGUCGGCUUCCCGGACGCGCCGCUUACAGCCGACUUGGCCCUCGAUCUCUCGCGAAGCUACAACCUGCGACUCGAUGCGUUGAACGUCCGCUCGAUCGUCAUGCUCCCAAGUGCGAUGAAUAGCAUUUCAUCACCGAACAUCGUGGUGUUGCAUUCUGAUGCGCACGGCCAGCAGACCGUCGCGUCGUUCCAAGUCGAUCUCGAGGAGAAAGAACUUGAACCGGGCCCCGAGACGGAAGUGGAGGAUGCAGGUGCCGAGACGCUUAUCCCGCACGGCCACCAUGGCGUACUCGUAGUAGGCGAACAGAGUAUCGAGUGGGUUCCUCAGGUGCCGUUGGAUGUACGAGGCAAGGGGAAAGCGAAGGAAGUGGGUAGCAGCCCCAAACGAAUUAUCAAGUGUGCACUGCCUGUCGGCAAUGUCAAAGCGUGAGUCCGACAAACGAUAUCUCGGUGGUGCGUGCUUACCCACCACUUUUCUUGGCUUCUUUGGAACAGUUGGACUUUGCUUCCUGGUCAGCAAGGCCAAUACCUGCUCGGUGACAUAUAUGGCAAGCUGCUGCGACUCGAUGUUCGUGGCGAUUCUGCUGGUCGAGUGCAGUCCUUGCUUACGCACGACCUCGGAGAUGUAAGUGUCUAGUGUGCCCUGAACCACAUCAUUCCUGUUACUGAGCCAGAUGUUCCACUUCCAAAGGCCUCCUCGCCGACCGCCCUCGUCUGCCUCGCCGAUGAGAUCCUAUACCUCGCUUCACGCUUCGGAGAUUCCCAGCUGAUCCGCUUGCUGCCUUCGAGUCCGAAUGACGAGCUGGAGCUCGUCGCAAGCUACCCGAGUCUGGCGCCUAUCACGGAUAGCUGUGUCGUGCGUGGUCAAAGCGGCGCAUCGAGUCAUCUCGUUACCUGUUCAGGAGCAUACAAAGGAGGAAGCUUGAGAGUUGUUCGUCAAGGCGCUGGUGUAAGUGAUGCGCACGGUGAAGUCAAGGUGUCCCGUCACAACAUCACAAAGCAGUCCCUGAUCUUUCCGAUGGUCAUUUACAUACUUUACUCGUGCAGGUGGUGGAAAUGGCAGGUCUUGCGCUCGAGAAUGUGCAACGCAUGUGGGCAGUCAAGAAUGAUGCCAGGUUAGUCUUCAAUCGAGGCCAUUCAGCAGAGUGGGACGACAACUUAGACUGAUGCCGCCAUAUGGUCGACACUGUUUCAAGUGCCUAUGGUGGGCUGCUGGUGAUGUCGCUCUUUAACGAGACGCAGAUUCUGGACCCCGACCAAUCGAGGACCGGUGAUGGGGACGAAGGUAUCGCCGAGGUUCAGAUUCCUGGCAUACGCUCGGACGUACAGACAUUGCUCGCCCAUACGUCGGGCAACCAUCUCGUUCAGGUCACAGCAUCUGAAGUCGUUUCUGUUUCGGCAGAGGUCACAUCUGCGGCUCCUACGAAAGUCGAGUGGCGACCUGCACAUGGACUGCAGAUCACCCUCGCUGAAGCCGAUGGCAACCAUGUUUUGCUCGCUUUACAAGGAGGCGAGAUCGAGCUUUUGGAUGUAGGCGAAGGAAAGGUAUCGCAUGUGGCAUCCCUCAAGCUUGCGAGCGAUGUUGCCGCUAUCUCGCUCGCUCGACUUGGUACUCGAUCGGUCGCUGUCGUUGCGUUGUGGUCGUCCAACCUAGUCCAAUUGAUUGAUCUGCCGACCAUGGCCGAAAUGUCCUCCCACAUGAUGGCUGGCGGCUAUCUCGUGCGAUCCCUCUUGCUCGCAACUUUCGCCGACAGUGUGGCACACCUUUUCGUUGGUCUUGGAGACGGUAGCCUUGUCAGUUUCAUCAUCAACUCCGCCGACGCCACUUUUGAUGUCGAAUCUCAAAAGUCCGCCCGACUCGGGACCAAGCCAGUGACGAUGACUCAAAUAAUCGGCGAUGAUGCUGCCACUACUAGCGUUCUUGUUUCAAGUGACCGUGUAACAGCUAUCUCUAGGCAAAGUGAUCGUCUCAGCUACUCAAGUGUUAACCUCAAGGUGAGUUCAGUUGUGUCACCGAGUUGGGCUACCAGCUGUGAUGCUCACCCAUUUUCCUUUCGUCGUGGCCGCUCUCUCAGGGUAUCACUGCCAUGGUACAGCUACACUCGUCUCUAUAUCCUGGCGCGAUUGCUUUCGCAAGUCCUUCUGAAGUGCGCCUCGGACGAAUCGAGUCGGUCCAGCAUGUCGACAUCCGUCCGAUCUCCCUUGAAGAGGAUGAGCCCCGCAAGAUUGUGCACAGCGUGCGAGCGCGCUCGUUCGGCGUAGCUUGCUUGCGGAGGGACGUCGAUCGAGUUACAGGGCGCCAAACAUCUUCCUCGAGCUUCAAGGUGCUCCAUGACGAGACUUUCGAAGGUAGACACUUUGCCUGAGCGCAUUCGGGUAUAAUUCGACUUGCUGAUGCUCUCAGUGCGAUUCUUCCUUUCUUUCUGUCUCAUGCAGUGCUUGCCUCAAUAUCUCUACACCCCGACGAGGAAGCACAAAGUCUCGCCGUCCUUGACGAUGGCGAAAAUGAUCGGACGUGCUUCAUUCUCGGAACGGCUUUGAUCCGUGCCGCAGAGGCAGAGCCGAGCUCGGGCCGUAUCCUGUUGAUCUCGCGGGACGCUGCGACCGACUCGGGCUACUCGAUCGCUGCGGAGGUUUCCGUCUCUGGGUCGACGUACUCGCUCGCUGCUGUGGACUCCCUCACCUUUGUGGCGGCGAUCAAUUCCUCUGUCAGUUUGCCUCAGUUCGCUGCUCACUCGGGAAAGCGCCUGAUUCGCUCGCCUUCUCAACUUGCGCACAAUUACAAUUAGGUCACUGUAUACGGUGUCGGUCAAGAUUGGCAAGCUAUCCAGCCCAUAGCGACGUGGGGUGGUGCCUACGUUGCGUUCUCCCUCGUCUCCCUCGCGGACGACCAAAUCCUGGUUGGCGACGCUCUUCGAUCUCUUACUCUGCUUCAGCUCGAAAGGAAAUCGCAGAACGGUUCCGCUGGGUCUUCCCGACUCGUCGAAGUUGCUCGAGACUAUUCGCCACAUUACGUAACCGCUUUUGCCCCGGUGUCGCCUACUUCGAAAGAAUUUGUUGGCGCAGAAAGCGAUCUCAAUCUGUUCACGGUCGCAAAGGAUCAAACGCACAACUCUCGAACCGGUCAAGCCGAGGUCGAGUUGGUCGACCAGGGGAGAUUCCACCUAGGUGAACUGGUCACGAGUUUCAACUCUGGUGAGUUGGAAAUCGGGCACAUGUGUACUACAUUCCUCAUACACUCGGAGCUGACCAAAACGCUUCUUUAGGCGCGCUGGUCCACCAAUUCGACGAGGCCCUCGCCGGCGUGGCUACACCUCGCCUUGUAUUUACGACCUCGGCCGGCUCGGUCGGCGCGAUCCUGGACAUCGGUACCGAGACAUCGAAGGUCCUUUCGGAGCUGGAGCGCAACAUGCGACGCGUCAUGGACAGUGUAGGCGAACUGCGCCAAGAAGAGUCAGUGCAUUCCUCGAUGCUAGAGUCAACGCGAGCCGCAUCAGCUGACGUUUCACUUUUGGAACCCCGAAGCUGGCGCGCAUUCCGAUCCGAACGCCAGGUCGCCACUUCGGCCGGCUUCAUUGACGGCGACUUUAUCGAGCGUUUCCUCACGGUCUCCACAAGCCAAGUGGAGCGGAUCAUGGCCGGUGGGAGUGAGCACGAGCGAAUCACGAUGACCAGCGACGAGCUGAUGAGGAUCGUAGAAGGCAUGUCGAGGCUGCAUUGA